GUAAAGAUCUUUCCACUUGUAAUAAAUCACGUAAAGUAAAUACAAUUACGUAACGAUUAACAAUAACAUAACCUAAAAAAUACACAAGAACAGUCAAAAACAUUGUUGGUUAAUUCCGUUAGAAAGUCCCUUUACUCCUGGAAAUAUUUAGUACGAAGGAAGUACCUUACAAUGGCUCUGGUGGCAUAUGAUUACGACAGUGGAAGUGAGAACGAAGAUGAAGGAAGUGAUUCUGCAGUCAUUGUUCUUAAUAAUAAACCCACUGGUUCUGUAAAUACACAAAACGGCAAUCUCAACGAUAAAAACAUCACACAAAAUGUUGGCGAGAAUUUCAGUGACAAGAGUGGUAUUAAUGAAGAUGUAACAACAGAAAAAUUACCUGAAAUCUUGUCACAUCUGCCAGAAACUACCAAGGAAAAAACAGUAAAUGUAACAGAGGACAAGCUAGAAGAUUUUAUACCAAAAUAUCAACCACCAUCUUCAACAAAAGAAAAGAAACCACAAAAAGUCAAAAUUACAAUACCAGCACUAUCUGAAUUCGAUGAUGAAGAUGAUGAUGAACCAGAACAGAAAAGACGAAAAGUCUCUUCGAAGGGUAGCAGCUUAUUAUCAGUGUUACCUCCAGUAAGGGGUUCACCACUAAGCACCAAGAGUUUUAUACCCAAUGUUCUGAAGAAUAAACCUCCAGUUUCUGAUAAGAAAACCAACAGCCUUAUUCCACACGCCGUUCGGAAAAAGGCAGAAGAAACAAAAAAGGCUACAAUAAAAAAAAUAACAAGCGCUACUGCACAAGGCAGUGAUGCUGAAAGUGAUGAUGAUAUAGAAGUACCAGAGACAUUUGAUGACGAAGUGUGGCAGAAAGUGUGUGGUCCAAAAUCUAAAAUAAAACCACAAGUCGUUGAAAGAGUAGAGCCCACUGUCAACACAGAAGCAAUAAAUAUUGCCCCAGAACCAGUUAAACCCUAUGAUGGUUUAGAUAACGCGGCGUUUAAAGAAUUAGUUGGUAAAGCCAAACGUCCAGUCAAUAUAAAACUUAUUGACAUAAAUGAAGAAGAAAUUGUGGCAGAUAACAACUUUUGGAUGACAAAAUCCUUGACUGAUCCUGAUCAAGCCCCAAAGAACGCUGUCGAAGACCCGGUAGAUCCAACGCGCAAGAAGAAGCACCACAUCACGUAUUUAGCUGAACAAGCUAAAGCAAAUGAACAAGAAUUGCAAACUCAGUGGUCUGCAAAUAAAUUUGCUCGAAAUCAAACACGUGCAAAGUAUGGAUUUUAGUAUUGUUAUUUUAUUAAUAAAUAGUUUUUGUUUACAUUAAUUGUCCAAUAUAUUCUGCUCUUUUUAA